UUUGGUCCAGGAAUCGUGACGAGACGGCCUCUGGUAUUGCAGCUUCAUAAGACAGACCAAUCGUCACAGGAGUAUGCUGAGUUUCUUCACCUGCCCAAGAGAAGAUUCACGGAUUUUGCAAUGGUCCGCAAAGAAAUUCAGGAUGAAACUGAUAGAAUGACUGGGAAGACCAAGCAGAUAUCUCCUGUUCCUAUUCAUCUCAGUAUCUACUCUCCACAUGUUGUCAACUUAACCCUGAUUGAUUUGCCUGGUUUAACAAAAGUUGCAGUCGAGGGACAGCCUGAAAGUAUUGUUCAAGACAUUGAAACCAUGGUUCGAUCAUAUGUUGAGAAGCCUAAUUGUAUCAUACUAGCUAUAUCUCCAGCCAAUCAAGAUAUAGCAACUUCAGAUGCUAUCAAAAUUGCUAGGGAAGUAGAUCCUUCCGGUGACCGAACAUUCGGGGUGUUAACUAAGCUGGAUCUUAUGGACAAAGGGACUAAUGCUCUGGAUGUUCUUGAAGGAAGAUCUUACCGGCUGCAACAACCUUGGGUUGGAAUUGUGAACCGUUCACAAGCUGAUAUAAACAAAAAUGUGGACAUGAUUGUGGCAAGACGCAAGGAGCGUGAGUAUUUUGCCACUAGUCCAGACUAUAGCCACUUAGCGAGUAAAAUGGGUUCAGAGUAUCUUGCAAAACUUCUUUCACAGCAUUUAGAAUCUGUAAUUAGGGCUCGAAUACCAAGUAUCACUUCAUUGAUAAACAAAAGCAUUGAUGAACUUGAAUCAGAGAUGGACCAUCUUGGUAGGCCUAUUGCCCUUGACGCUGGGGCUCAAUUAUACACCAUAUUGGAACUUUGCCGUGCGUUUGACCGGAUAUUCAAGGAGCAUCUAGAUGGAGGGCGACCUGGAGGUGAUCGUGUUUAUGGAGUUUUUGACAACCAGCUGCCUGCUGCUUUGAGGAAGCUUCCCUUUGACCGGCAUCUUUCUCUGCAAAAUGUGAGGAGAGUAGUGUCUGAGGCAGAUGGUUAUCAACCACACUUGAUAGCCCCUGAGCAAGGUUACAGGAGGCUCAUUGAAGGGGCAUUAAAUUAUUUCAGGGGACCAGCUGAAGCUUCUGUGGAUGCUGUUCACUUUGUCCUGAAAGAACUUGUGAGGAAAUCUGUAGGAGAAACUCAGGAAUUAAAACGCUUUCCCACUCUGCAAGCUGAAAUAGCAGCAGCUGCUAAUGAGGCCUUGGAGAGAUUUCGGGAUGAGAGUAAGAAGACAGUUAUCCGAUUGGUAGAUAUGGAAUCGUCAUAUUUAACGGUGGAUUUCUUCCGGAGGCUACCACAGGAAGUAGAUAAAGGAGGAAAUCCCGCAGCCGCAGCUGCAGCCACAGCUACAAAUACAGAUAGGUAUGGUGAGGGCCAUUUUCGGAGGAUAGGGUCAAAUGUUUCCUCAUAUGUUGGAAUGGUGUCAGAGACACUUAAGAACACAAUUCCGAAGGCUGUGGUUUACUGUCAAGUUAGGGAGGCAAAACAAUCAUUGCUAAACCGCUUUUACACACUGCUAGGGAAGAAAGAGGCGAAGCAGCUCUCGCAAUUGUUAGAUGAGGAUCCGGCCUUGAUGGAAAGGAGACAACAGUGUGCUAAAAGGCUUGAAUUGUACAAGGCAGCAAGGGACGAGAUAGAUUCUGUAUCAUGGGCCCGAUGAUACUUACCGUCUAUUAUAAUAUCAUAUAAUUCCGAAAAUGAAUCACCCACAUUCGAUACCAGCAGUAGUAUAACUUUUGUUGAUUGUUUGACAGCUUAGAUUCUUUGUUGGAUGUAUUCUUGCUGUUAUGCUAUUCUUUAUGACUUUGGAAACCUCGUGAGGGGUUGAAUAUUUAUGUAGGAAAGUACUGUUACGAAUGCUUGAGUUUAUCUAUCUAUGUAGCUCUUUCCCGGCCUUCCCCUCUACA